UCCGUUCUAGCUGGAUGAUAAGCUUGGAUAUGCUUGCUUCUCUCUGACUUGGAUAAGAAAAUAAAAUCUUUGUAAAAUACAAAAUACAAAGAUAUAGAAUUAUUACAAAAUGUCGAAGCUCUUCAUUCUGUUUGAACAUGCCAGUGGAUAUGCUCUAUUUCGUGUUAAAGAAUUCGAAGAGAUUGGAAUGUUAUUACCUCAAGUGGAACAAUCUAUAACAGAUCUAUCGCUUUUCCGUAAUGUCGUGAAACUCGUUGGAUUUGCACCUUUCAAGUCAGGACUGGCUGCUCUUGAAAAUAUCAACAAUAUUUCCGAAGGGAUUGUCUCGGAGCACCUGAAACUUUUUUUAGAUUCUUCCUCUCAUGAAUUCACCAAGGAUAGCAUCCUUGGUGUUGCAGAUCCUAAACUCGGCGCUAGUAUCACUGAAACUUUAAAUAUAAAAUGCGAUCAUCUCAAUGCUGUCCCUGAGAUCAUUAGAGGAAUAAGAUAUCAUUUUCAUCAUUUCGUGAAAGGCUUUACUUCUGAAGAUUCAAUAACUGCGCAAAAAGGUCUUGGACAUAGUUACUCAAGAGCUAAAGUUAAAUUCAAUGUGAAUCGAGUAGAUAAUAUGAUCAUACAGAGCAUAACUUUGCUGGAUCAAUUAGACAAAGAUAUUAAUACCUUCAGCAUGCGUAUACGUGAAUGGUAUAGCUAUCACUUCCCAGAACUUGCAAAGAUAGUUCCAGAAAAUUAUAUGUAUGCAAGGGUAGCACAAGUGUUACAAAACAGAAAAGAAUUAACGGACGAUAAAAUAUCUGCAUUAGAAGAAGUUGUUAUGGAUGAUGCAAAAGCAAAGAUGAUCGUCAAUGCAGCCAAGUCAUCCAUGGGAAUGGAUAUAAAUGUGACCGAUUUGAUGAAUGUUCAACAGUUUGCUAAACGUGUUAUCGCAUUAGUAGACUAUAGAAAGAAAAUGUCUAGAUAUUUAACAUCAAAAAUGGAAGGAGUGGCACCAAAUCUAGCUUCUUUAAUCGGAGAUCAAGUCGGCGCCAGAUUAAUAGCACACGCUGGAUCACUAACUAAUUUAGCAAAGGUUCCAGCCUCUACUGUUCAAAUAUUGGGAGCAGAAAAAGCUCUAUUCAGAGCAUUAAAAAGCCGUGGUAAAGCAAAUACUCCAAAAUAUGGACUUUUGUUCCAUUCCACAUUUAUUGGUCGUGCUGGUACCAAAAAUAGAGGUCGAAUCGCAAGAUUUCUGGCGAAUAAAUGCUCCAUUGCUUCUAGAAUUGACUGUUUCACUGAAACACCAUUGAAAGUAUUUGGUGAAAAAUUACGACAGCAAGUAGAAGACAGAUUAGUGUAUUUUACAACUGGUAAGGAACCAAAGAAAAAUGUAGACGUGAUGAGAGAAGCAUUAGAAGAAACAGCACAUAUGUUGGCUACUAUGGAAAAAGAGAAGAAAGAAAAAAAGAAAAAGAGAAAAAGCAAAGUGCUCGAAAAUGGCCAGGAAAAUGGACAUAUUGAAAACGGCGAAGCAGAAGUGGAUACAUCUUUACAGAAAAAGAAAAAGAAAAAAAAAUCGAAACACGUUGAUGAAUAAAAAUUUGUUUCUCUU